CCUUCAACUACCGCAUCCCAUGAUUUGGUCAUCCAGCACGAUAAUGUGUAACUCGGGGAGAAUAUAUAAAACCCCGAAAAUCCCAAUAACUUCCGCAGCUCUACUCUUCUUGAUAGAAGUAGCUCGUUCUGGUUCAAAAUGUUCUUCUCACCUGUUGUUCUCGGCUUAGCCGCGACUACAUCUCUCGUGCUUCCCGUCCUGGCCCAGUCAAUCUGCAACGGUUUGUCGGCCUACUGCGACCGGAUCUACUCGAAUGUAACGCAGGUUGGCGCCCAUGACAGUCCUUUUGUAGGGCCCCUUCUUCAGCAGAACCAAAACAUCGACGUCACCGAGCAACUGGACCUUGGGAUUCGUUUUCUUCAAGGCCAGACGCACCAGUCGAUUGACAAUGAAACGAUCCUCCUUUGCCAUACAUCAUGCCUCCUUGAAUACGCCGGGAGCUUGGAGUCGUACUUGACCACCGUCAAGACCUGGCUGGACGACAAUCCAGAUGAAGUCGUGACCUUGCUCCUGACAAAUGGUGAUAGUCUACCAGUCACUCAUUUCGCCGAGGCAUUCGAGAGCGCGGCCAUCGCCGACUAUGCAUUUGUGCCGAAGUCAUCGCCAAACACUCUAGCCAUCAACGCCUGGCCAACUCUGCGAGAGCUGAUCGGUAAUGGCACGCGAUUGAUAACUUUUCUAGAUUAUGGUGCCGAUGCCACAGCGGUUCCUUAUAUCCUCGAUGAAUUUGCUUACUUUUUCGAAACGCCAUAUGAUGUGACCGAUGCCUCGUUUCCCAACUGUAGCAUUGAUCGGCCGUCGGGGGCUUCAGCGACCGGUCGGAUGUACAUUGUUAAUCACUUUUUGGAUAUCGAUAUCCUGGGCAUCUUGAUCCCAGAUCGGGAGCAUGCAGCCGAGACCAACGCAGUGUUAGGCGAGGGCAGUAUUGGAGCUCAAGCCGAUUUAUGCCUUUCCAUUUAUGGUCAGCUACCAAACGUUAUUCUGCUGGAUUUUGUCGACCAGGGUCAGCCGAUUGCCGCCCAAAGUCUGCUCAAUGGGGUGUGAAAACGAGGUUUUCUAUGCUGAUGAGCAUCGCUGGUCGGUGUGUUGCUCACAAUCGUAUUUUCAAGGUAGUCAAGUUCUUUCUGAUGAAGUAAGCUCGGUGUCUAUUCAGCACUGCAGUCGUUUUGGAUGGUUUGAUAGAAGCAAUCUUAACGGGUCGACCAUGCCCAGUGUCCGAAACUGCCGGCAUUGGCCGAUCGUCGAAUGUGAACGACUCUUGUCAGUUUAUGUCCAAGUAUAUGCAAUCUGGUUCGGUG